CUUAUCAUGUCGAUGCAUAACUUUGAUCAAAAUUAAAACGUUUAACUUGUAAAGGAAAUGAACGCCAUAUCCUGCUGCCCUGCUCCUUGCGCCCGCUCCUACAGCCGCAGCCCGCCAGCCGCCUUGGGCCCCUUCGCCCCAGCCCCGCGGCGGUUGCCAAGAUAAACAAGAGAGUGGCGGUUACCAGCGCGCUGACAGGCGGGUGCCUAGCAACCGGGGUGCGCAACAGAGGAGCUGGCGGAAGUCUGAGCUGGGAAGGAGCCUUGCUUGUCCUCUCCAGCAGAGGUGGGUGUCUUGGAACAGGCCUAGGGGCUCAGCACCAUGGCCAUGCUGAGCGUCAAGCCCAGCCAACGCUUCCAGUUGCAGGACUGGCAUACCAACAGCUACCUGCUGUCCACCAACGCUGAGCGGCAGCGAAAUGCCUCACACCAGAUCCGCCAGGAGGCCCGGAUCCUCCGCAAUGAGACCAACAACCAGACCAUUUGGGAUGAACACGACAAUAGGACUCGACUAGAAGAGAGAGUUGAUACAGUCAACCGAUGGAAGGAGAUGCUGGACAAGUGUCUGACAGAUUUAGAUGCAGAGAUCGACGCCCUGACACAGGCAGGGAGCUAGGGCAGGGUGCCAGGAGACCCUGCCGCAAGGACCUCCCCUCCCUCCCUACUUGGAGGUCAGGGAACCCUUCAUGGGGUAUGGAGUGACCUGUCUACCUGAGUCACUCAUUGGCCCCUCUAUUAAUGUGGGAGUGAGCGUGCUUCUCGGGGAAUGGCCCAGCAGCCUCCUGUGCCUUCUCUGUUCCAGAUGAAAGAGUCAGCAGAGAAAAACCUGCAGGCCAAGAACCUGCCCCUGGAUGUGGCAAUCCAGUGCCUGACCCUGCGGGAUAGCCGGCGGGACGUUGACGUGGUGAGGGACCCUGUGGAGGAAGAGCUGCACAAAGAGGUGGAAGUCAUUGAUGCCACCAAGAAGGCCUUGCAACAGAAGAUCAGCCAGACGUUUGAGAAGCUCUGCCUCCUGCAGGAUAUCCGACAGCAGCUCAACUCUGACCAUCGGGGCAAAAUGGAGACAUUGGACAUUGACAGAGGUUGCCUCUCUCUCAACCUCAAGUCCCCAAACAUCUCUCUGAAGAUUAAUCCCGCGCGUGUCCCCGAUGGCUCCUCAUCACUUCAAGAGUGGGAUGAAUUUAGUCGGUUCAACAAGAACCGGGCAGAGGCUGAGAUGAAAGCAGCCACAGACCUGAGGGAGGCCAUCGCCCUCACUAUUGCUGAGACCAACAAUGAACUUGAAGCCCAGAGGGUGGCAACGGAAUUUGCCUUCAGAAAGCGGCUGCGGGAGAUGGAGAAAUUAUACAGUGAGCUCAAGUGGCAAGAGAAGAAUACCUUGCAGGAGAUCGCUGACCUGCAGGAGGACAUGCGGCACCUGGAGGAAGAUCUGCACAGGAAGUUCCUGAAUCUGAAGCUAUGCCAUACUCGGCUUGAGUCCAGAACCUACAGGCCCAAUGUGGAACUCUGCCGGGACCAGGCACAGUAUGGCCUCACCGACGAGGUUCACCAGUUAGAGGCAACCAUUGCUGCCCUGAGGCAGAAGUUGGCACAAGCACAGGAUGCUCUGGAUGCCCUGUACAAGCACCUGGCCCGGCUGCAGGCUGACAUCGCCUGCAAGGCCAACUCCAUGCUGUUGGACACCAAGUGCAUGGACACUCGCCGGAAGCUGACGGUGCCAGCCGAGAAGUUUGUGCCCGAGGUGGACACCUUCAACCGCACCACAAACCGUAUCCUGAGUCCACUCAAAAGCUGCCAGCUGCAGCUAGCCUAGCCUUGGAGGCUGAGGAGGGAGGGGGAGGUUAGGAGGGAAAUGGAAGAGGAAGGGGGUGGAGAGAAUGAAUCUAAUAAAUGUUGGGUUUCUCAGUCUUCUAGAAGGUUUUCUGCUACCCCUGCAUGCAGCCAGCGGAAAGUGAGAAGGUUCUUGGCCCUCCUGUGAAUGGAGAGGCAUAAACGGGGACCAUCAUCCCCCAAGCUCCAUGUUCCAAAUCCUAUUCCUUCUCCCUCUUUAGGGACCCCUCUCAGGGGUAGGCCAGCACCCCCUGGGCUCCAGUGGCUCCAAUGAUUUCGAACCAGCCCAACCCCAGCAGGACCCUUAGCUGCCCUCUUGUUGCCUAGGGAAGGCCCAGAGAAGGCUAUGAUCACAGUGGGAGUCGGGGACCAAGAACUGGGGCUGCCGUCGUUGGAGAGCUGCGGUGACGGGGCAAAGAAAGAAGCUUCAUAAAGGGAGGACCCGGGUGGCAGUGGCCUGAAGGGCAGGGCUACCGCGGUCCGAUAGUCCCCUCCUGGACUCUUUAGUGGCCGUCCCGCCCGGCGUGACACCGUUUACAGAUGGGGAGAACGAGGCCUAAAAGCAGAGGCCUGGUGGGCUCCAACCAGCGUUGCAGGACCUAACCUGGUCCCACGCACGCGGAGCUGCACCUCCGGGCCGCUGGGUGGCGCUGUGGGUCUCAAGAGGCACCGCGA